UGAAGAUCAGAGAUAUAUAGUUUUGAUUUAAAGAAGAAUAACAUGUACCACAAUGAGUCAUAAAUGUGAAUUUGACUAUGGAAUCCCCUUAAUCAUGGGGUCCUUUUUGUGUGUAGGCCUUCGAGUGUAGCUCCGAGCGGAGAGAAACGCUGGCCGACGGUUCCGCACUGUCAACGAGUCAAACACCGCAAAACAAUGGAAUGCACGAAGAAGAAUCCGGCAGAUAUACUCAUAUCUGCGUUGAAAGAACGCAAUAUAUCGGUCAAACGAAGCGAAAUCGAGUCCACUUUUGAUAACGAGGCUGGUAGCGCCGAAAGUGCGAAAUGGGUAUCGGAGCAUCUCGGCUAUGACACUUUGUUGACAAAGGAGGAGCUCGCUCUAUACUCUCAAUUAGAAUCUUCCGGUACUCUACAACGUAUCCUCCACGACCCAGGCCUCGCUUCGACCCGACCGCUCUUUGACGAAGAUAUCCAGAAUGCGAUCGGAUCCCUGAAAGCCUCAACGGAGGCUAUCCAGAAGCAAACAGAGAUCUUAACCACCCAAUGCGAGACCUUGAAUAAACAGCUUCGCCUCGAUGACAAUCGGGCCAUCAGGCAGAACAGGGAUAUAGAACGGCUUCGCAAAAAGCACGAAUCAAGCAGGCAGAGUGCCAAUGCAGCGUCCAAUGACCUUGUCCAAGAGUUGGAAGCCAACCUGAGAGCUGAGACGGAGAAAACCAGAUUGGAUGGGAAAAAGAUACUGUCCUCGCUGACGUCUAGAUUAAAGGAGGAUGAUAGGAUUCUGGCAAGGUUGGAAAGACUCGCAUCCGGGAUCAAGUCUACUGGAAAUGACGCCUCUGUAGCCAAACGUACCGAGCAACUGGGGGCUGUGCUCACAGAGUACGUCGCGGAAGAGAUCCAUUACCGUCUUGAUCGCUUGUAUUUGGAAAGCAUUCAGGCCGAUCAGGCAGGAUCUAAGCAGGCAGCAGAGGAGCAUGAGGAGGAAGCGCUGGCUGCAUUGAGAGAGGAACUGGAGUCACUAUAUCCGGAAGUCGAUGUUCUGGCCGAGAUGUCCACAAGACAACAGUUCAGCGAGCCGGUUUUGCGUGAGCUCCAGAAUCGCCACGGGCAACUACGCAAUGCCUCCCAGGGCAAGCUCGAAUAUGUUCUCGAUACAAUUAUGGAAAUGACAUCUUCCACGGAAAGCCUAACCCAAUGCUUACAAGACCGCGAAUCAUAUUGUCAGACUCUGGAGAGCCUCAUCAGCAUUUACCGGUCUGAAGUGAGUGAUUCGUUCUCGGAAAAGACGACAUCCAAACGGGAUACAAUUCUAAGGAGGCGUUCCACGCAGCCGCAGUCACUUUUCAGCUCUCCCGAAAAGCAAACUGCUCCACUCCCGGACUCACUGGCCCUCGCAAGCCUCCUGCGGCGCGUGGGCCUCUCAUCCGAAUCAAUCUUCAAAUCCGAGGAAGAGGAUGGAGGUGCAAAUGCCCUAUACGAGAAAAAAUCGCACAUGUUGGAGUACUUUCGGACAUUGGGCAUUGGUUCUGGUUUGCCACUUGUGACGGAACUGAUUCCAACGGAUCGAGCGUCUCGACUUCUUUCUGCCUCCCUGCAUGCAGACUCGUAUUUUGAGACUUCACUUUCAAACAUUGAACAGAACCAGAGCCUCGCGGAAUUGGAGGCUCAAUUGGGCUUCAUUCGGAAAGGAGUGGAGAACCUCAAUCUGGAUGCGCUUCAUCGGCGCGACAAGAACCAGGAUAAAUUCCUUGAACGAUGGGAGCCAUAGCUUCACUUUUUGCAUGUCUGUCUUGACGAUCACCUCCGCGAUCUAUCUGCCCAUAAUGAUGCUAUGUUUGCCCUGUACACUACAAACCGUCUCGCGGCCUGAUAUUAUAAAUAUUAUUACCAAUUAUGUACUACCUAGGGUAG